AAAUUUACUCUUCUAUCUUGUCGAAAUCUGGAUUAGGGUUAACAUUUCGACCGCCGUCAAAACUCUCCAAUUGCUUCCCUCUCUCUAUCUCUAUCAAUGGCAACGACAACGACAACGACAACGCCAACGCAACAGCCCGAUGGAACCCCCGCAAAGCCCGGACUUCGAAAGCCGAUGUUUGUGAAGGUUGAAUCUCUCAAGCCUGGUACCAACGGCCACACCCUUGUUGUCAAGGUAUUGAGUUCCAAUACCGUGCUCAACAAGAAGCCCCGCCAUUCGAUGUCGUUCCGUGGGCCCCAAAACCAGAACACCUCUAUUUCUGAGUGCCUUGUCGGUGAUGAAACUGGAACGAUCCUUUUCACUGCACGUAACGAUCAAGUUGACAUGAUGAAGCCAGAUAACACAGUAAUUCUCCGGAAUGCAAAAAUUGACAUGUUCAAAGGGUCUAUGAGGCUAGCUGUUGACAAAUGGGGCCGCGUUGAGGUAACCGAACCUGCGACGUUUGAGGUCAAAGAGGAUAACAAUCUAUCCCUGAUCGAGUAUGAGCUGGUAAAUGUUGUUGAAUAAUUUUGAAAGUGCUACUCCGUUUAUGCUGAUUUCAUUGGAGAACUCGUUACCUUGUGACUGUUGAGGUUUGGUAUACGAAUUAGUCUGUUUCUCUUGUGAAGGUAAUUAACAUGAUAUAAGGCUAAUCUAAUUCUAGUUUUUAAAAAGAUUGGCCUCGAGUAAGUCUUAUGUAUUUUCUGUCAUGUGGAAAGGUGAAAAAUCCGAGCUUUGGUAGUGAAAGCAGCCUCUUAACUUUCUCUGCAUCUUGUUACCAUUUUCAAUCUGUAUGGGACAAAUAUGUUCGCAAGAGGGAUUA